AUGCCGCCCGUCGACCCAACAGCCGGCACAAACCCAACCCUCCAACCCGACCUUCCCCUCGGCUCAACCAACCUCACGCCCACCUUUGACCCCAAAGAAGUCACCGUCGUCUACAUCCUCGGCGGCCCCGGCUCCGGCAAAGGCACACAAUCAGUCCACCUGGUCCAGGACUACGGCUUCACCCACCUUUCCGCCGGCGACCUCCUCAGAGAAGAGCAAGACCGAGAGGGAAGCGAAUAUGGCGACCUGAUCAAGAAAUACAUCAAAGACGGCGCCAUUGUGCCCAUGGAGGUCACCGUAAAGCUACUUGAGAACGCCAUGAAGGCCAAGAUCGACGAGAAUAAAUCUGGCAAGCCGCGUUUCCUGAUCGACGGCUUCCCGCGCAAAAUGGACCAGGCGAUGUAUUUCGAGCAAGCGGUGUGUCCAUCGACUUGCACGCUGUUCCUCGACUGUCCGGAGGACGUCAUGCGAAAGCGGCUGCUCAAUCGGGGCAAGACCAGCGGGAGAGCAGACGAUAACGAGGAGAGCAUCGUGAAGCGCUUCCGGACGUUCGUCGAGACCAGUAUGCCUGUUGUGGAGCACUUCAAGGAAGAGAAUCGGGUUGUCUACGCGAACGCUGACGGCGAAGAGGGCCAGGUCUACGAGGAGGUCGUCAAGGGCCUAGGCGAGAAGGGCAUCCAUCCGACACGACACUAG